AGAUGGAGACAGACGGUACAACCAAAAGGACAGUUAGUAUACAUACACGUAUGCUUGCAAAAAAUGAUGAUGAAGAUGACGUUAGAAUGUGUUUAAGAUCUGCAGAUGGUAGAGAGCUUUCAACGAGUUCAGAUUGUAGAGGCUAUCUUGCUGCCAUGCCAAUACCUGUUGAUGACGAUGAAACAUUUGUAAAGAAUAUAGAUGAUAAUAACGAUGACAAUGACCUGUCAACAGCUGAUCGUUAUGCACCCGAAAAAAGAACCCUAAUGGUUGCACAACACCCUCAAGAGGAAAACACAGACAUCCGAUCAAUCGAACAUAACCCAAAAGUGUGGAUAGACGCUGAUGUUCAUGUAAACCUAUCACAUAUGCCGCCACUGCUGUCAGAACAUCCAGCAAAUGAUGACUCAGGAAGAUUUUUACCGAACGGAGGAAAAUCGAUGUCUAUGCAAUAUCAAAAAGGAAAUGUUGAUACGAAUGAUCCUUUGCCUGAUAGCACGGUUGUUGAAGAAAGUGAGGAUUUCCUGUCAGAUAAAAAUGAUCCAAACAGAUUACUAUAAGUUUUGUCUUAGAAAGAAGGGUAAGACGAAAGGACAAACAGAUGUUGAAUGUGCAAAUAAUGGAAAUAUGAAUUUAACAAAGAACUCUUAAAUUAUAUUUUAAUUGGCGCUUCAUAUAUUUUAUGUUUUAGGUGGUGAUUUAAGAAUUUGUUUAUUUUAAAAUGACAUUUUAGUCAAAG